AUGAGGAUAGAAGGAGAAUUUGGCCGAGCAAAUUCCAAUCUGGUCGAGCCGGGAAGGAAUAAGCCGUGCUCGGCCGGAUCAUUUCUACUUGCGCGACAGAAAACGUUCGCGCCACGCACGAACCGGGAAAGAUCGGCCGCGAUCGGCCGAAAUUUUCGUAUCGGAACGGACCGACCGUGCCGGUCGAUCCGGGAAACAAACGAUCGGCCUCGGCCGAAAUCUCUCGCCAAAACGAUUUGGCCGACCAAAUCGCUCGACCGCGACAAAAUCCAUCGGCCAUCGGCCCAAAACUUUUCUGGCCAAGGCUUGAGCAAGCUCUUCAAGCUAGAAUGUAGUGAGUACUCACAACUCACCAAGGAGUUCCUCUCUACAGUAGCUCUUGCCUUUCCCAACCACAAUGGAGACCAACCAGCUGGUGAAGGACUCCUACUCUUCAAGAUAGGCGAUGCCAAUGGGCGCAUAUCCAUCUCAGCUCUAUGCCAACUCUUUGGACUUCCCAAUGAGACAGCACAUGACUUCAAGGAGAACUCAAAGAGGAAACAAGCUGCCUUUGCUGAUUGGACACACUUUGCCAAUGAACCAUUCUUGCCUUCAAGGUCAAAGGUGUCUAGAAUCACUCAUCCAGCCAUUCGCUAUGUGCACCGCCUCAUCUCCACCACUUUCCAAUGCAAACAAGAAGCCAACAAGGUCACAACUGAUGAGUUCUACAUCCUCACCACACCAUUCAUCAAGCAUGAGUACAAGGCCAACCUUGGCCUUUUACUUGCCAAGACAUUCAUCAAUGUGAGGAAGCUAGCUAAAGACUUGGAAGGCAACAAGAAGCUUUGUGUUCGUUUUGGGAGGCUUAUCACGGCCAUAGUACUGCAUGUGGGGAUUGACAUUCCCAACUAUGAGCCACUACCCAAGCCAACCCCUUUGGAUCUCCAUGCUCUUCAGCACAUCCACUUCCUAAACCGUUGGACUAAAGACCCAACUCGGUUUUGCUAUGAGUUUCCAAUUGGUCCAGCCAACACUUCCCUUGUCUUGCUGCCACAUGAGGACAUCCCAAGCCUACGCUCAGGAGUUGUCACUUUCCAGCCCAAUGAGGAAGAGUUCUAUGUUCCAUCAAGUGAGAAACCAUCAUUCCCCAUGCUCACCUAUCGCACACUUCAGCAUGCAGUCAAGACUCAACGCCGCAUCCAAGAACGCCAUGUUCUCACUACUGGCAUGGCUGCGCACCAAGCUCUAGACCGUGUUAACAAGCUGGAGAAGAUCGUGGAAUGCCAAUCUCGCUUCAUCUCACGCCUAGUCCGCGUAGUUCGCCACAUUGCACCGGAGAGACUCUUUCGCCCUUCUUCCACCGCUAGAGAGCCAUAUGAGCCUGACCUUGGUGAGUUCUCACUAGACUCAGAGCUUGGUUCAGAAGGCGAUGACCCCAUAGAUGAGGAAGAGAGUUCUUCUCACUGCCACACAUAG